UUUUUUCUCACGUCUCUAGAAAGAAGCUAAUAAACUAAAAUAAAAAAUCUGUUUUUCUGUACAAGUUAUAUCAUUAAGAAUGUGGAACAGAAGUGUUUCGUCAAUUUAUAUUGUUUUUGUGUUGCUUGUGCUAAUUCAAAAUGGUGAUUUUCGGGCCUACGAAGACGUUGCAGUUAUUGAAACUGCUGCUGCAGCCGUGCUAAACGGUGCAGCAAUCACAGCCCAUCACGAAAAGCGUAGAAAUAAUGCACGCUCAAUGAUUUGCUACUGCGAUGGCAGCUGCCCGAAUAAUGUAAGUAACGGCACCUGCGAGACUCGGCCGGGUGGCAGUUGCUUCAGUGCCGUUGAGGAGGUAUACGAUGAGAUAACUGGCACCUACGAGGAGGAGCGCACUUUUGGCUGCAUGCCGCCCGAGGAGAACGGUGGCUUAUUGAUGUGUAAAGUGGCGGUUGUGCCGCACAUUCAUGGCAAGAAUAUUGCCUGCUGCGAAGAUAAAGAUUUCUGCAAUCGUGAGCUGCAGCCCGAAUUCAUGCCGAAGAUGACCACAGCUGCGCCCGAAUUGCCCGUAAGCAGUGAAUCUGUGCACACUCUGGCCCUGUUCGCCUCCAUCAUUGUGAGCAUGUCCGUUUUUAUUGUGGUGCUCUUUAUACUUUGUCUGGUCUAUAAGCGCCGCGAGAAGCUGCGCAAACAGCCCGGCCUCAUAAACUCCAUGUGCAACUCGCAAAUCUCACAGCUGGUGGAACAAAGUUCUGGAUCAGGAUCCGGUUUACCGCUGCUGGUGCAGCGUACAAUUGCCAAGCAGAUUCAGAUGGUGCGUCUGGUGGGCAAGGGUCGCUACGGCGAGGUGUGGCUGGCAAAAUGGCGCGACGAGCGUGUUGCCGUGAAGACCUUCUUUACCACUGAGGAAGCAUCCUGGUUUCGUGAAACGGAAAUAUACCAAACGGUCCUUAUGCGACACGAGAAUAUUUUGGGCUUCAUUGCCGCCGAUAUAAAGGGUAACGGAAGCUGGACACAAAUGCUCUUGAUCACCGACUACCAUGAGAUGGGCAGCCUGCACGACUACUUGUCCACAUCGGUGAUCAAUCCACAGAAACUACAGCUGCUGGCCUUUUCGCUUGCCUCCGGCUUGGCCCAUCUGCACGACGAGAUCUUUGGUACGCCGGGCAAGCCGGCCAUUGCGCACAGGGACGUUAAGAGCAAGAAUAUACUAGUGAAGCGCAACGGACAGUGCGCCAUUGCUGACUUUGGACUAGCCGUUAAAUAUAUCUCGGAGCUGGAUGAGAUACACAUUGCACAGAAUACGCGUGUGGGCACCCGCCGCUAUAUGGCACCGGAGGUGCUCAGCCAGACACUCAAUCCGCAACAAUUCGAAGAAUUUAAACGCGCCGACAUGUACUCCGUGGGCCUGGUACUAUGGGAGAUUGCCAGACGUUGCUAUACGCCAAUUUCGGGCACCAAGACGACCACCUGCGAGGACUACGCGUUGCCCUAUCAUGAUGUGGUGCCCUCCGAUCCCACCUUUGAUGAUAUGCAUGCCGUUGUGUGCGCCAAGGGCUACCGACCGCCGAUACCGCUGCGCUGGCAGGAGGAUGAUGUGCUUGCCACCGUCUCUAAAAUUAUGCAGGAGUGCUGGCAUCCGAAUCCAACGGUGCGUCUCACCGCGUUGCGUGUAAAGAAAACGCUAGGUCGUCUCGAAGCGGACUGCCUCAUCGAUGUGCCCAUGAAGAUUGUCUAGAUCUUUUGUCUAGCCACUGGCGCACCUUUAUUCUUAUUCAAUAGUUUGUUAGUUCGCUGUAGUCCCUACAGGUUUGACCUAAGUUGCAUUUAUAUAAUCACCAACUUGUUUCCGUUUAAAUCGUUUCUUUUUUUGUCCAUUCGCGUGUAAGAAAAUUGGUUCACUUUAUAGCAUCCAAUUUGGUUUGGUUUUUCGAUAUAGAAUUUGUGCCUACUUGUAAUCACAUUAAGAGCCGUACUGAUUGUAUGUUAGACUAAGUUCAUUUGUUGUUAGUUUAUCGAUAAGGCCGUAGAUAAUCAUUGGUUUGAAAAUGCUUUAACUAUUUGAGAAAUCUUUUUGAUACAAUACUAUAUUCACGUUCAAUCUGUCCACACAAUCGAUGAUGGGCCCAAACGAAAUGUAUGUGUAGAUUUUUUUUUUUCUGUGCCAGCUUGUGUAUACUUUUGGGGUAUAACUAUAAAAUUAACUAGGCUAAGUUGACAAGCAUCUAACCUAAUGAAUGGUUUUUGUGAAUUUGUAGUGCGAGUAAACGUGGCAAGUUCCAAAAUAUUUGUAAACAAGUUAUAAGUCCUUGCCCACAGUGCAAGGUAAUGCUGCCUUAUGUAAAAUGUAGACUAGCGUAAAUACAUUUAGUAUGUAGAAAGAAAUGCCGGCAAACAAUUUGUCCAGCGUAGUUUUUAGCGGC